GUGUCUGCUGGCCUUGACGCUGGGCAUGCUAUCAGAAGACCCUAUAGGUGGGGUUACAACAUGGUGAGGAGUAUCGUUUUGGUUCCGGAAGCACUUAUAUUUUCAUCUGUGCCAGUGUUGCUGAACUGUCUUUGCCCAGAGACAGUUCUCUCAAUCCAAGCAAUACAACUCACAGGAGAAAAGAUAUUCAGGAAAGAGAAUCUGGAGUCUAAUCUCCCUUUUGGAUGGGAGAGGGAGCUGAAGGCAUCCAUCUGAAUUGGAUCUCUUGUGAGUGGAAACCUUUGAAGACACCCGUUGCUCUGGCCUAGAACUGAGCAGAACACAAGCCACCUGUUGUCUUCUGGGUAAACUCAAGCUUUAGGGCCUGAGGACAUUCUGCUCCAGGUCUUUAUUUAGAUGCUUCAGAGAGUCCAGGUGUUUCUGGCACCCCUUGGAAGCCUCUGGAACCUUCCAGAGGAGCCUUAUUUGGGUGGUCUUGCUGCCUUUCCCCUGCCCAGGGAAGGACAGCGUACCUGUUAGAGAAUGUUGCUUGGCUAUUUGUGCGAUAAAAUCAGUUGAACGCUGGUCUUUAGGCUCAGAAGCUACCGUUAGCCAGUAGCCAAACAUCCAGCAGUGAGGCAGGGAUAUCCUUAAUCCAAAGGCAACCAGAAAACAUCUCAUUAUUACUACAUUUUGUGACGUGGGUUGUUUUUUGUCUCUGUUGAGUUCAACUCUUCAUUUCUGUUCUUCCACAUCAAAGUGGAAUGAUUAUUUUGAGUCUCUUAGUGUUUUCUGCUUCCAUGCAGUAAAUUUGAUUUAAAUAAGUUGGUUAAAAUGUACAUUGUGAUCUAAAGCACGUUAGCAGGAAGAUUUGUUCACUCACAUGAGCUUUCAUGUUUUAGAAAGCAUAAUUUUUCAAAUUAUCAGGCAGUAGGUUGACAUUGACAUCACUAUUUUCCAUUUAUUCUAGCAGAUGUUUGUUAAACAGCUGCAGUGUAAUGGCGCUUGCCUAGGUCCAGUGUGCAAUUCACAGCUGACCUUGACAGGGCCUUUGCUUUCUGGGAGUUUAUAGUCUUUAGACUAUCUUCAGAUCCCAUUGAAAGAAGGAGAGUAAUACCACUUACGUUAAGGGUUGGAAAUGUGUUUUCCCACAGUAUUUCUUUGAGCUUUCAUAUUUCCCAGUUGUAUGUAGGAGUGCACCCUAUGAGAUUCAGGACAUGCUUUUGUGCUAUGAGUGAAAGUGCCUCACAUCAGGGUCAGCAUUACCCUGUGUGUCCAUUGGGUGUGCAUUACAAUGAUUUUCAUGUUCUGUCUGGAAUUCCUUCGACCUUGAUUCCCCAAGAUCCACUGUCAGAAGGCAGUGGACACCUGCGUUUGUCACUUUUGUCACAGCAUCCAGCUUCUUUUCCUGAUUAGUUCCACCAUUUUAAAAUAGAAGAGUUGUGCAACAUGGACCCUAAAUGAUCCGAUUGUCUCUAGGAUUGAUGAUAAUUUUAUUUUGAACUGCAGUAGGGAUUAAUGUGUUAUCUUUUUUUAAUGAUCUUCCUUUGCUUCUCAUGCAGCUCUUUUACCUGAUAUACUUGAUUGAUUAAUUAUGCAGAGUUUCGUUUCCUUUUGUGGAAGCAGGGCCCACUUCUUUCCUCCCAUUUUUAUGAGUACCUUUUAAAUGAUCUCCGUGUCCAGGGCUCUGUCACUGUGGGUGGUGAUCACGCAGCCACUGAGAGCUAAAGUACUCUCAGGCUAAGUCCCCUGCGUGAGCUGCUACAGGAAGGGGCACUCCUGUUGCUGCACAGGAAAGGAUUAUUAACAAUUCAUUUGGGGGUUGUGGCUCCAGGAUUUCAACAGUUAAUCAUGCCAAUUAAGUAAAAACACUUCAGUAGGAUUUGCCCGAUUAAGUUGAACACUUCAGGAGGAUUCACUCAAUUAAAUGUGGGUGGCUUGGGAGGACUGUGUGUGUGUGUGUGUGUGUGUGUGUGUAAGAGACAGAGAGAGACGAAGAAAGAGAGAGAGGAAUGGCAUGUCUCGUUGUGCAGUGAGGGCAUGUUAACAGGAUGGUUUAAAGGCAGCACCCAAACACCCAUAUAUACCAUUAGGCCUAGAUGACACUAAGCCUCACCCCCAGUCUGUCUUCUGGCUGUGGCAUGGUGUUAUAGGUUGGAUAUUAUUUCACUCUUCUCUGGUGUGGUUUGAAAAGUCUCAAAUCUUGGGAGCUAGAUAUUAAGCAAGUUUACCUCUUGGAGCCCUGGUUUCCUUCUCUGUGAAUGGAGGCGGUAAUAACCGCAGUAUGUGGUAAGUGAAUUACAGGAAGGGAGAUGCAUGUCUCCAAACACGUGUAGUGCAUGCUCCAGGGAUGGAAGUGUGCUCCAUUUAACAUGCCCCUCCCCACACACAUUGAUUCAGUCACCCUGCAAUUUAUCACGUACCCACUCAGGGCCAGGAGCUGCUGCAGACACUGGGGACUCAGGAGUGACCAAGAAUGAGAAAGUGCCCCUGCGCUGUUGGAGCUCCAUUUCUCCUGGGGACUGUCAGUUAGAAACAAGCAAUUUCAUUGGAUAGUUUUUAGUUAGCAAAAGUGUUCCAAGUAGACUGUGACGGGGACUAGAGAGUGAAGGCAUUCUAAGGAGGUGACAUUAGAGUUGAGGCCUGAUGUGGGCCAGGCGCAGUGGCUCACACCUGUAGUCUCAGCAUUUGGAGAUUGAGGUGGGAAGAUGGCUUGAGCCCAGAAGUUCGAGACAGUCUAGGCAGCAUAGUGAGACUCCAUCUCUACAAUUUUUUUUUAAGUUAAAAUAUUAGCUGGGCAUGGUGGCAUGCAGCUGUAGUCCCAGCUACUCAGGAGGCUGAGGCGGGAGGGUCACAAGCUUGGGAGGUUGAGGCUGCAGUGAGCUGUGAUGGCACCACUACACUCCAGCCUGGGUGACAGAGUGAGACCCUGUCUCAGAAAAAUAAAAACAGAGUUGGGACCCGAAUUCUCAGAAGGAGCCAUCCAUGAGAAGCCCAUGGUACUCUCAGCAGUUUCAGAGGCCUUGAAGGCCACAGUCUUGGCCUAUCGAGGAUUGAAUGAAGGCCAGUGUGUCUGGAUGUCACUGCGAUGUGGCAGGGCAAGAUAAGGAAUUGGGGGGCUGGGCCAGGGCAUUGUCAGAAGGCUAAGUUCUUAGGUCUCUGGCCUGAGGUCAGCGAGAAGAGGUCUCUAACAGGUCCUCUUUCUCAGAAGGUGUAUCCACAAUAUCCCCCUCUACAUUCCGUUUGGCAGCCAAACGUCAAUGUCAGUUGGAAGUGAAUUUUUUUAAAUGAAUUGUGUAAGUAAUUCAUGACCAGUUCAUUUUGUACUGGAAGCCAAAGUCAAAUCAGACAUCGAAUGUAUACCAGAGGAAUCCAACGGACCAGCAGGGCCCUGCCCGGGUGACAGUGGGACAGAGAGGGUGUGGCUGCUGAGCACCCGAGGAUGAACACGAUCUCACACUGGGGAAGCCCCUGUGCCAGACAGCCAGUUAAAGAUGGGAAUGGGGCUGCCUUGGACUCUGGGCUAGAUGAGGCCUUCUGCCCACACUUCUUAGGUGCUGAUAGCUUGCAGGGAGGAGCCCAGGAAGUCACAACCCCAUGGGCCUGUCUCUAGGCUUUCUGGUCAUUUCCCUUUAUGGACCGCCCAUAGAUUCCUGCCAGCCCUUCUCCCCUGCACUUGCCUUGCUGUGUAGGGAUCCCAGGAAAUGCUGGGUUUUUUACCCAAGCAGAAGGGCUGCUCCCCAUUGACUCCUUGGCCUCAGCCCUUGGCUUCUCACAUGCUGAGCAGCUUUCUUACUCAAAGUCUUUUAAAAGCAAAAUGUUUUACAAUUGUUAUGCUUUUCUGAUACCAACAAAAUUCAGUUUGGUUACUAAAAAUUCUCACAUUACAGAAAAAGAAAGCAGAUCUUUCUAGACCUUGACUCUCCCCAACUCCAACCCCAUGUGGUCACAUACACAUUAGAGAUGUGCUUAUUCUAGCUACAAGUCACUCUCACUUUUUUCCUUUUUUCUCCUAAAAUGCAAAUAUAUACUUAGCCAUCUCCUCCCCUUCCCUUACCCUCUUUAGGUUUUCAAGGGAGAAGUAACUACGUCUGCCUGUAUCAUCUACGAAGGAUUCACAUUUUUGUCAUCUGCAGCACAUCAUCCUACGUUGGCACCUGUUGGUUUUAUAUUGAAACCCUCCAGUUUUCUUCCUGCUGAGUUCUAGGACUCUGGUAGUGUCUCCAGAGCUCUUAGCCACAUCUGUCAUUCAUUCUUUCCCCCACUUUUUUAUGACAUUGGGAUUUUUUAGACUCUUUCUGUUGGUUCUAGUAUCAUGUUUUCCAUUCUCCAUCUGUUUACUUUUAACUUAUCUGUGCCUUUACAUUUAAAGUUCCUUGUAGACAGUAUGUCUUGUUUUUAUUACAGCCUGACAAUCUCUGCCUUUUGAUCGAAGCGUUUAGUCCAUUUACACUUACCUUAACUAUCCACGUGGUUGGGUUUAAGUUUACCAUCUUGCUAUUUGUUUUUAUUUGCCUCUUCCAUUGUUUUUUCCCCUCUUUUUCUUUACCUUUCUUCUUUCAGAUUAUUUUUAGUACAUAUUUGAUCUCUGCUGUUGGCUUAUUAGCAUGUAUCAGAGUCUUGGAGGACUUGUCAGAACACACAAUCGUAUGUUUUACUUCUGAUGUUAUAAACCCCACACUACCUUUUUAUUACUUUUGCUUUAAAUGAUUGAUUAAUUGUUUUUUAAAAGAUUUAAAAGUGAGGUGGGUAAAAGCAUUGUAUCUUUCCCCACAUAUUUACAUUCCUGGUGUUCUUCAUGCCUUUGUGUAGAUCCAUCUUUCCACCUACUAUCAUUUUCCUUCAACCCAAAAGAUUUCCUUUAGUAUUUCCUAUAAUAGAGAUCUGCUGGUGAUGAAUUCUCUUAGCUUUUGUCUGAAAACAAACUUUAUUUUGCCUUCAUUUUGGAAGGAAAUUUUCCUUGAAUAUAGAAUUCUAAGUUGACAGUUUUGUUUUUCUUUUAGCACUUUAAAAAUGUCAUGCACUGGUUUUCUGACUUGCACAUUCUCUGAUAAGAAGUUAGUAAUUACUCUUUGCUCCUCUCCACGCAGCAACAUCAUUUCUUUCCUCUGGCUAUUUGAAGACUUUCUCUUUAUCACUGGUUUUUCAGCAGUCUGAUUAUUAUGGGUCUUUUAAAGUCUUGCUAGGGGUUGAUUGACUUUCUUGGACGUGUGAGCUUACAGUUUUCAUCAAAUUUGGAAAACUGUCCUGCCAUUAUUUCUUCAACCGUAUUUUUUAUCCCUCCCCCCACUUUUCCUCACCUUCUCAGGUUCCAGUUAUGUAGGUGUUCGACCACUUUCUCUUACCCCAGGUCAUUAAGAUGCUGUUUGUUUUUAAAAACUCUUUUUCUCUCUGAGCUUCAUUCGAGAUCAUUUCUAUUGCUAUGUCAUCAAGUUCUCUAAUUUUUUUGUGUGGUAUCUAAUCUGCUGUUAAUCACAUCUAGUAAAAUUUUCACUUUAAAUAUCAUAGUUCCCACCUCCAGAAGUUCCAUUUGGUUCUUUUUAUAUCUUCUAUUUCUCUCACUAUAUUCCUGUUUUUCUUUUAAUGCUUGUACAUCAUUAAACUCGCUGUUAUCCUUGUCUGUGAGUCGUCACUGGUCAUUUCUGUGUGUUUUUAUUAACUGAUUAUUCUCCUUGUCCUGGCCACAUUUCUGUGCUUUUUGGCAUUUCAGCAACUUCUGAUUGGAUGUUGGGUAUUAUAAAGAUUAUAUUAUUGAGUGUCUGGAUUUGGGGUGGUAGUUACUUGUGGAUCAGUAUGAUCUCUUUGAGGCCUAUUUUUAAGCUUUCUUUGAGACAGGUCUUUUGUAGCUUUGGCUCUAGGAAUAGAUCAGCCCUACUACUAAGGCCUCUGGAUUCUCUGCUGCAUGUCCCAGGUGAUCACAGAGGACUCUCUAUACUGGUUGAUCAGACCUUGAAUGUCUCCCUACCUUUGUGUGUCCUGAGAAUUGUUCAGCUUACAGCUUCCUGGUCACCCUUUUCCUGGGCUUUUGGAGUUUCACUCUAUGCAUGCAUGGGCCUAGUAGUCAGGAAAGACUCAAGGGGAGGCUUAUACAGAUUUUUUGAAGCUCUUUUUACUGCAUAACUAACUCCUUUCUGGAACUCUGCUCUGCAACUUCCAGCUGCCUCAGCUGCUCUGAAUGCUGGCCUGUGUCUCCUCAACUUGGCGAAGCCACUAAGCUCUAUUUGGUUCUCGCCCACCCCAACACACAGUCUCGAUCUGGAAAUUGCCUCCAGGCAGAGAGCUGGGGCAAUGAUAGGGCUCCCGUCAUCUGUUUCUCUUCUCUUGGGGAUCAUGAUUCUGUGCUUCCUGCUGUCCAGUGUCUGAAAACUUGUUUCACAUAUAUUUUCUCCAUUUUUUUCUACUUAUUUAUGGCAGGAUGUGAAAUCUGUUCCUUGUUACUCCAUCGCAGCCAAACGUGGAAGUUUCUGUCCAUUCUUUUUCACAUAACAUCUUUAAUUUUAUAUAAGAGUCUUUCUGGAGUAGCUGGAUUUUGUGGGCCUUGAGCCAGUGUAAGAGCCUUCCUUUUCACUGAAUUAUGAGUUGAAUUGAAUUGAAUUGUCAUCACAACAGGAACUGUGUAGCUGUUUCUUAGAAUUCACUGAAGUGGGAGGCCUGUGAUGCACGGAUGCCGGUGGUUGAAUCUUUCACAUAUUUUGCAAUUUGGAAGAAGAAGAUAAUUUGUACAAAUCAUUCAGCUCUUUUAUUUAACAAUUUAGUGUUUGAAGAUCUUUUCUUUGAGGCUUAUUUUUCCAGCUGUUUUGUUCCACUUUUCAUUUGGGUUGAACACGUUAGAGAACUGCUGUCAUGUGUACCUGUCUCGCUGUCACCAGGCUCCUUGUGUCAGUGGGCUGUGGCUUUUAAGGACCUCACUGCUGGUCUAGAAGCCCCCAUUCCUGCUCUCUUCCCUCCGGCAUCUUGAUCCGGUUUUUUGUUGCCUCUACAAAGUUGGAAAGGGUCUCUCAUUUCCUGGUUAUUUCUUCUGAUGAUCUUGGUGUGCCUCCUUCCUGUGCAGCAUCAGCAUGGACUUCCAGGCUUGCCAGUCUCCCUGCCCUUGGCUUUCUGUCUAGGUCUGUCUUCUCCUAGCUGUGCCUGGGCUGGCAUCUGCUGGUCUUGUCUUGGCUCCCUCUGGCCUGCCUCUGUUCAUUCUUUGCCAGGCUACUUUCCCCAUUGUUGAAGAUGUGUUUUCUCAGGCAUCUCCGUGCCCUGGCUCGUCAUUCAGCCAGCAUGUGAGAGAAGACUCAACAAGAUCAGAAACCAAGGAAGAGGAAAUAACCAGUCUCUUCCCAGGGGAUCCAGGGACAGGGCUGUCGUCACUCAUGGCCUUUUUCACUUUCUUUAGUUCCACCUACUCCCCAAGGUCUUACCCUCCCCAGGAUGGAGCCCCAGGAAACCAGGUCCUGGCAGUCCCUCUUGAGAUGCCAGAGGCCCAGGCGUUCCUGUUUUAAAUCCUGCCUUGGUCCCUCAUCUGGCACAAGGACAAGUGCUACUGGUGUCAGACCCAUCGCCCAACACUGAUCCUGCUAAGUACUCUGAAAGCACCUCCGCGACCCAAUACCAGAUGAAAGGGGAAGACGCCCAGCCACAGGAGAUGGCGUCCACAAGCUUCCCAAGGGCCACUGGUCCCAGUCCUGAAUUCAGACAGCACGGGGACUCUGAUGGGAAGAGAGGGAGCCCACAGAAUCUGCCCAUAGAACAUCAUUUUGCUUGUAAAGAGUGUGGGGACACCUUUCGGCUUAAAGUCCUGCUUGUCCAGCACCAGAGAGUCCACAGUGAGGAGAAGGGCUGGGAAUGUGGCGACUGCGGGAAGGUCUUUAGGGGGGUGGCGGAGUUUAAUGAGCACAGGAAAAGCCACGUAGCUGCGGAGCCCCGGCCCGGCCCCAGUAGGGCCCUGGAGAAUGCCGCAGAGAAGAGGGAGCAGAUGGAGAGGGAGGCAAAGCCCUUCGAGUGCGAGGAGUGCGGAAAACGGUUUAAGAAGAAUGCAGGCCUGAGUCAGCAUCUGAGGGUCCACAGCAGAGAGAAGCCCUUUGAUUGCGAGGAGUGCGGGCGGUCCUUCAAAGUCAACACCCACCUCUUCCGACAUCAGAAACUUCACACUUCGGAAAAGCCUUUCGCCUGCAAGGCGUGCAGCAGGGAUUUCCUGGAUCGCCAGGAGCUUCUCAAGCACCAGCGAAUGCACACUGGCCACCUGCCCUUCGACUGCGACGACUGCGGCAAGUCCUUCCGAGGGGUCAACGGGCUGGCCGAGCACCAGCGCAUCCACAGUGGGGCCAAGCCAUACGGGUGUCCCCACUGCGGCAAGCUCUUCCGAAGGAGCUCAGAGCUCACCAAGCACCGGCGGAUCCACACGGGCGAGAAGCCCUACGCCUGUGGCCAGUGCGGCAAGGCCUUCCGCCAGAGCUCCAGCCUCCUGGAGCACGCACGCAUCCACAGUGGCGAGCGGCCCUACGCAUGCGGCGAGUGCGGCAAGGCCUUCCGUGGGCCCUCUGACCUCAUCAAGCACCGGCGCAUCCACAGCGGACUGAAACCCUAUGAGUGCGACAAAUGCGGCAAGGCCUUCCGCCGGAGCUCCGGCCUCAGUCGCCACCGGCGGAUCCACAGUGGGGCGCGGCGCUGCGAAUGCAGCCAGUGUGGCCGCGUGUUCAAGAGGCGCUCGGCACUGCAGAAGCAUCAGCCAACCCACCACGAGUAGAAACGCCCUGUGGUCCCGCGGGACAGGGACGGAGUCCCCAGAGGGGAUGGCAGAGUCAAAGGAGAUGAACAGUUUUGUAGCGCUUAUAUAUUUUGUCUUCCAAAAGGUUGAGACCGAUUUAUACUGCCACCAGCAAUUUAUAAGUGUUACGUUAUGCCCAUCAAGAGUAGCUUGUACCAUUUAACUUAGUUUGGCUAGUUUAACUGGUAGGAAGUACCAUCAAGGUAUUUCAGUCCACAUGCCUUGAAUCCAAGAAUGAGAGAGGACAAAUCUGGAUGUGGGGUAGGGAGGGGCUUAGAGGUCAUCAACUCCAAGCUCCCCCCACCCCAGAGAAACACACAGAGCUAUUCCACGAUGGCGUCCUCAUAAUGUGAUCCCAGCUUUCCUGAAGAGAACGUUGCCCUCAUGAUUUUUGGCCUACUUGAAUUUAUAAAUUUUUAGGGAUGUAAAUAGAACACUCAAAUGUCUUAAAAUAUUUAAUUUAUUAAUUUAGUUAUACAUACAUACUGUAAAUCACAUAUUAUAUAAAAUAAUAUAUUAAUUUAGAAAAUACCCCAUUUUUGCCACCCUCCCUUUGACGAAAUCAUUUUACUCUGACUCCUUACCGUCUUCACCAACAUGGGAACCCUGUUUGAGUCAUCAGACAGUUUCAAGACACACCCAGUCACUUCCAUCCGAGCUCUGCACAGUCGCUCAGUGACGAUCCCUUCAUGAGGCUCUCAUUAGAAAUUUUCUCCCAAGCCAUAAGACCAUAUUUGCAGAACAUUAGGACGAUUUCUCUUGUCGUUUUUUAAUCUGUCCUGUGACUGUACAAUAUAACCACUUAAGGUCAUACUUUUUCAAACAACCUUUAAACGUCUUUUCUUUUAAAGCACCCAAAAUGUCACUGUGAGGCCAAACGCCUAGUAACAGUUACUGAAUCUGGGUUAAAUGUCUGUAUCUUUUUUUCUUAAACCAUUUCAAUUUGGUGUCCCCUAUACAUAUCCAAAACUAGCAUCGAUUGGGGUUGUUUUGGACUAAUGGGUCUUGUCCUCAAGCAGCACUAUUUUGUUCAAAAUAAAAUAGUUGAGAGCAUGCCCCUAAGAAGAGAUACAUCUCAAGGACUCAAGUGCAGGGUGACGCCUCCUUUUGGAAACGAGCCUCUCCUGGUAUCAGGCCUAGAUGGUACUUCUCCAGCCUUCCGUUUCUUGUUCUAUAAAACGGGGGUGAUCACAGCACCUACCUCCGAAGGUUAUCACGAGGACUGCCAUCGUGGCUGCAGAGUGCCAGGACCACCAGCCUGGCAUGGAGGUACACACUCAGUGAAGGCCAUCUGCUGUCAUUGUCAUCGUCAUAGUUAUUGCCGUCAUUCUGUGGCUUGUCAAUUCCAGAACUGGGGAUAGACCCCAGGCCUCCUGACCACCAGUCUCAUCUUUCUCUUAUGCGAUGACUUAAAUGGUGUUUCUGUUUUUUGCAUGCAAAUGGUCCGUUCAUCUCCUUUGACUAGUUAUCAACUUACCUUCGGAUAUAUUAACUUUAUGUAGCAGUUCUUUCUAUAUUGAUGGUGAUGUUCUCUUUUCCAAUUUUAUUGCUUUGCUCUUUGUAGCAGUUUUAUUACGUUUUUGUUGUGAAAGCUUUUAAUUUUUACAUAUCCAAGCAUUCAUUUUUUGUCCACUCAGUCAUAACUUUCAUUGCUUCUGUAGCUAGAUAUGAUGACAUUUUCUCUAGAAUUUUAAUUACAAACAAAAAGCUGCAACCCCGGCCCAUCAGAAGGUGAGUACACCAGGUGGGCAGGCUGGAUGGAAAUGGGCCAGAGAAGCAGGCUCUUUCCUCAUCCGAGAUGCGGACUCCGUGUCUAUCUGUGGGCACCACUUGACUAUCCAACCUGGCCACUGUGACACACUGGAGAUGCUCCCAUCAUAGAUUAGCCAGAACUCUGUGACUGCUCAUCAUUAUAGACCCCGCCAGCAGCAGCGGGGCUUGGCCUCACCUAGAUCAAUGGAGUGGUCCAAACUUGGUCUGGGAGCAAGCAGCCCAGCCAUCCUUUGAGCUCCUGGGAGCCUUGACAAUGCUCGGACUGGAUUCAGUGACUGAGCAGCAGAUUCACCCAAGAAACAUCUCCUUGGACACAAGAAGACUUGCCUAGACCACAUCCUCCUUUCAGCCGGUGACUCUAGAACUAGAAAGAGAUUGGUUCAUAGGCUUCUGCUGUGGGCAGCUAGGGGAAAAUUCACCCAUGUGUUCUGGCAUCACUUCCUAUAGCCACACCUAAGCGAGGGCAACAGAGCAGAGGCUCGGAGAGGAACCCUGCCCCUCCGAUGGCUUGUGCGUUAACGCUGAUAGAAGCUGGCAGCACUGCCCUGGGCUAUGACUUGCAACAGCCAUGCCCAGGAGGAGCACUAAAGCAAAGGUUUGGAGGGCAGUGGAACCCUUCUGAAAGCCUGUGUGGCAUAGAAGUAGAAGCUGGUCCUCCUGGGUCUGAGCUACCAUUUCCAGCGGGCUCCCCCAAGAGGAACAGCAGCAAGGGCUAGCGAGGACCUGCCCCUCCAGUGGCCCACAGAAGCCACAGAUAGAAGCCAGCCCCACCAGGGCUGUGCUGUGACUUCCCAGCAGCUGUGGCUGGGGACAGGGACACUAGGAGGGCCUGGCAAGGAAGUGUGCCCUUCUCGUGGGCCCACCAAGGCUGAGGCAGAGCUUCCUAGCAGACACAACUUGGAAGGGCUUCUCAGGCACCCAUCCUGUGAAGCAAGGUCCUACAAUGACCCCUGUGACCUUGGCCAGAAGGUCCUCUCAAAUGGACCCAGGCCACCACAGUGGCACUAUGCGACAUCUCCACCCUGACCCCCAGGCUGGAGAGGAGCCAAAAGCACUUGUUACAUAGUGAUUCCUUUUGCCCUGUGGGCCUCAGUUCUUGCAGUAGUUGUGAAUCUGUGUCUGAAAUCACUACUUUCUUCUCGGAUCCAUUUUCUCUUUUCGAGUUGUUAGGAUGUGUUUUGUACAGCUGUCAUUUGAUAAAGAAGGUUGACCUCUACCAGGGGCAAGUCUGGCACCUUUACCUAGAAGUACUCUGCCAUGUCUUGCCUGUUCAUUUAUCGUUUGUUGGGUUUCAUGAGGGAUCCCAUUGAAGUAGAUCCCUUUUAUGAAGGGAUCCCAUUGAAUGCAGCAUUAACUCAGAACGUAGCAUAAAGUCGUCACUGCUCCCAGCUGGGACGUGGUGUCUUGGCAUCCCUUCCUGCCGUCCUUGACUCUUUCCCAUCUUCAGUUCUAUAAUUUUCUCCCAAACAAAUGCUCUUUUAGAGUUAACACUAAAGAUCUGGUCUUUGCUGUCAAGGUUGACGGAACAGCUGUUCAUGGUGUUUGCGGUGAAACCCGUGUUCUCUUUCAAUGCAGUCUGUGGCUUUAACGUGUGUCCUGUAAUUUCGCCAAGUUCAUUUCUUGCCUCUGGUAACUUGGGGGUGGAUUUCCUUGGGCUCUCUAGGUGUACUGCUAUGUCAGAUGCAAAAUGUCACCCACCUUCCUGUCACAUAUCCUUGUCUGUGCAUUCAUGCAUCUACCUCAUUCCGGUUUUCUUUCUAAUCUCAUGUAUUCCUGUUGUGAGGGAAUGUGUUCUUUUCCCGAUCCUUUUGUAGUUCAUACACGUGACAAUUGGGUUUCCACGCACGUGCAUGAGAUGUUCCUCCUUCAAACCUUGUUACUAUGUCAGCACAUUACCCGCCUGGCAUGGAAAAAGAAAAAAAAAAAGAAAUAUGUUCUUUUCCUACCAUUUGAAAAAAAUCCUCCAUUGCUUUUAUUAGAGUUUUGAAUACUUGUGAAAAUUUUCAAAAGAAAGUAAUUGAUUACCAUUUUUGCUGCUUAUUACGAUGAGCUGUGUCCAUUAGCUGUGUCACCCCACUCUUGCAUUUCCAGAAUAGUCCCUACCCGAUUGCAGCGGGCAUGUUUCUCGAGUGGUGUUGCAUUCCAUGUGCUUGAUUUUGUCCUAGAACUGGCACAGCGCCUGCCCUACCUGCAGCCCUGGGUUGUGGCCCUGUUGCACACCAUGUGAUUUGCCACCCCGCUUCUAGGCCAUAUUAAUUCAGCCAGAACUGAACACCUGACCCAAGGGCAGCAAGCAAUCAUCAGAGCAUAGAGCUGGCAGAACAUGAUGGACCACAGACACCACCAGGCCUUCCAGAUCUGAAAUGCAAACAAGGAAACAGAAGCUUCUAGGCAUCAGAAGGUGUGGGGAGCAGAUCAGAAGGUGUGGGGAGCAGCACAGUACUCAGAGGAGUGAGGAGCGUGGCGCCUGCUGGGAGGAAGGCCUGGCCAUGGUAUGUUCUUGGAUUUCUGGCAGCAGCCCUCAUUGGUCCACGUGCGUCCCCACUACAGACUCCUUGUCUUGAGCCAGCUUGAGUGGGUCUCUACUCUUUUCUAUUGUGUUUUGCCACUUGGCUGCUUCCUGGCCAAGUCGCACCUGACUGCAUGAACACCUGUUCAAACGUGUGUUCUCUGUUCUCUAAGAUGGGUGAAAGUCGAUGCCUUCUAGUCUCAGUGAAUUUAACCUGUGAUUUUAUGUCUAGGUAUAUUGUUCCUUUACUGAACCCACCACGUGCGGGCCAUAAAAUGAGUGAAAUCACAGUGCACCCUGUUCUCUUAUUUUUGAAGUGUUUCACGAUUUCCAGCAUGUCCAUCAGAUGGGGGGAUUGCUAACUUCUCUCUUACUCAUGUACUUACAUUCUGUAGUUCUCAUUGCAUCACUUUGGAUGUUUACUUUGAAAAGAAGAAACUGUCUCUUUAAACUUGGCCCUCAAUGUCAUUUGCGUAUCUCUGAGAACAAUAGCUAUGUCCCACCCCAGUUUGUAUUUCCGUUGGUUGUUGGCACUUUUUUCUCAUUCCCCCCAUCUCAUUACCUUGUCUGUUUUCUGGCACUCACUAUAAUCAGCCUUGCACUAGAGCUGUUUGUGGACUUGGCUUCACCCCCUCCUCCUCAGCCCUCCCCCACCCAUUAAAUUGUGAGCUCUUAGAAGACAGGGGUGGCCUUUCAUGUCUGAUCCCCUACCAAAUCUAGCACAGUGCCUUGCAUCAAGUAGAUUUCAAUAAAUAUAUGUUAAAUGGCA